GAAGUGGUUUGUGCUGUUGAAGAGGUGUCGGCUGCAGCUCGUCGCUCAGCACCAGACGAGGCUUGUUUCUCUUCACAGGUACCGAAUGUGUGUCUGUCCUCCUGCAGACAGGUGGGGGAGGUGGGAGUCGGAAAGCGAUCGACGGGUCAGACUGGUCCUGGUCCAGUGGGCUGUGGAACCCAGCUGCGUCCUGAUGUGUUCAGCACUGACGGGGUUAACUGUGUGAAACUGAUGUUUACUGAUUUACAGAACAUCCUCUGAGAACCGACGUUCACCCAGCAACACCUCCACCCCCUUUGCUGAGCGCUGGCCACGCCUCCUUCCUCUCUGACGAGAAGCGCUGCGAGCUGCAGGAGGUGCCGCCAGGUGAGACGAGGAGAUGCCGUCCAGCUGCAGGAUGGCUCUGCUGCUGCUGCCGCUGCUGCUGCUGCUGCUGCUGCUGUGGACCGGGACCUGGGCUCAGAGCGGGGACGGAGGUGCCGAAGCUGAGCCCAGGAUCAGCUGCACCUCUGAUAUCACCCUGGAGAGAAACAACCUGACCUGUGAGCUGCUGGGAGGCCCAAACCACGACGAGGACGACGAGGACAGCCAGAGCGAGGGCAUAGAGAAGAUGAGCGUGUGCUACAUUGACUAUGCUGCAGCCACACAGAAGUGCGAGGAGAGUCUGGGCAACAGCAUCAGCCUCAUGAUGCCGCCGAUCUCUGACUUCACUCUGAGCGCUCACCUGAUUGGAGGCGGCAGCAUUAAAGCGAAGCUCAACCUGCAGAAAAUCGUGAAACCCAGAAGUCCGGUCGUGCACAAUAUCAGUUUCAACCUGGACUCUAACCAGGCCGUCAUUUAUAUUCAGACUCCGUACCACAACGACUACCUGAAAACAGACAACCAGCUCUUCCAGCUGCACAUCUGCACGACCGGCAGUGAAAUGACUCAGAACGUAUCAGCAUCAGACCAUAUGAAGAUCGACAUGCAGAGUCUCCACAGAGACGCAGAGUACCGCGUCAGAGUGCGGGCGAUACCCAUCAACCACCUGCAGGGCAGCUGGAGCGAGUGGAGCGACACCUUCAGCUUCACCAGUCCUGCAGCUGAGCGUCCGGACGCGUACGUCCUGGUCCUGUGUCUGGUAUCUUUGGUGGUGGUGAGCGUCAGCGCCGGCUUCCUCUGGAAAAACAAAAUAUUCACCUACAUGUGGCCAAGCAUCCCCCAUCCCAAACGCACGCUGGUGCAGAUCUGCAAACCAAACAAAGGUCUUCUGCUGAGCUUCAGCCCUGAGGUGUUCAGUGCCCUUAAAGUCUACCCGGUGAAGGCGGCAGACGAGGAGGCGGCCGAGGAAAUGCAGCCUGCGCUGCCUCCAGCUGUUGCUGAGCAGCCCAGCUCCACCCAGAGCUCUGACUGCAGGAGCACCACCAGCGUCAGCACGGAGGAGCUGGAGCUGAGCAGGAGCUGCUCUGACGGAGAGGAGAGUGUCCAGAGCAGCAGCCCGUCCCCCGUCAACGUCCUGCCGCUCUGGGACGGACACGACCGCAGUGGUGGAGGAAACCAGCUGGAGGCACUGGGAGCCGGGCAGCAGGAGGAGGCCUACGUCACCAUGUCCAGUUUCUAUCAGAUCAAGUAGAUCUGGACACACAGGACCAGAACCGGGUUUAUCAAACUUCUGACAAAUACACUUUGAGGCAGUGAGCAACCAGAGGAACAAUGCAGGUGAUUUGAUUGUAAUAAUGGACCGAGAGCCCAGUGAGGCUUGAUCUCACCUCGAUGUGGAAGUUUGGUCUGUUGUCAUGUGGGAAAACGAACAUAUGUACAUGUCUCUAAAAAUCAUUUAUGACUAACAAGCGCGGCUCUCUGCUCCCACGCAGUCAUUCAUGACCUCAGAUGUAUAACCUGAAACACACCUGCACGCACUCAGCCCUCACGACGCCAGUGUUCCUACGCAUCUGCCUCAGUCUGUCGGCUGGAGAACCUCCGGCACCGCAGGACGGAGCGAGAACCACUUUACUGGCUAGAAGGAAGUCUCCUAAUGAAUAGUCUGUCCCUCACUUUCACAAUAUGCCAGAACCCUCUCAGGAACCAGGAAACCUAGGACCUCCAAUAAUACGUUUAGAACCUCCCUGACUCGUCAUCAGAUCCAGCAGAAAUGAUUUCUACAACAGUGACCUGAUAGGAGCACAGCAAACACUGAUUGAGCCUUGGGAUUUCCUAACAGGCCCUAGAACCACAGAGGGACCACAAGAACGUCCUUCAUGUAAAAGAACAGGUUACAGGAACCUGAGGUCCUCGUAGUGACACCGGUCACCUGUCUGUGAUCUGGGAUGUUACAGUAGGUGUCGUGGAGACGACAAACAAUGCUGCUGCUCACCUCACACUUCCUCGGCGUCUCACAUUGACUGUGCUGUAUAAAAAAAGGACUGAUUUCUGUGUUCAGACGUUUGUUUACACGUGAUUUUAUUUAAAACGCAGAUAAUGUCACAUCUCAAAAUACAAUAAAGUAGAGAACUGGAAUAAGA